AUGUACACUCUCGGCGGUUUAGUUUGUCCGGAGUAUCACCCAGACUUCAGUAUGUGGACACACAAUUAUUUUCACGAUGCCGGACUUUUGAAUUUUUCUACAAAGAAACCAUCCUUUCACAUCACGGAUAUAUUGCAUGUACAUAGCGGGACUUCGCCCCUACUCUCAUGCCACCCACCAGGAGUUCUUCCCCCAGGGUGCCAGCAAUCAUCCUCCGCCCUAGGUCCACUAAAAGCUUUCUGUACCACCAAAAGGGUUCAGCGAUUUGUGACGGACGGAGAUGAGAGGAGGAACAGCGAAUCUCGAGUCCCAGGGGUGGCGGGACAGUCCAAACAUCUUAAGUUUGGAAUCAACAGAAUUUUAUCGGAAGAUUUUGGCAGGAAAUCGAGAGAGAAAGGUGAGGAAAAAACCGAGAAAAACAACAUGGCGACAUCUCUGGCCCUGACAACCGGAUAUCAUGUGGAUGCGGAACUAUUACAUCCAACUAUAUCAAUACCCGGAUGUCCUUUCCGUCAGCCUCGUUAUCGGCUGUCCACGCCAUCCAACCUCCAACAAUAUCUAAAACUGAAGAAAUAUGAAAUGUUGAAAGUUGAUAAAACCAGUAAGUUAGGUAAUGCAGGUCCGUACUCCAUUCUCAAUGACGAUGGUAAUGGAUGUAGCCAAUCAAAACGGAAAAGAUCAUGGUCACGUGCCGUGUUUUCAAACCUACAGAGAAAGGGACUGGAGAAGCGAUUCGAAGUACAGAAAUACGUCACAAAACCGGAUAGACGACAGUUGGCCGCCAUGCUGGGUCUCACAGACGCUCAGGUCAAAGUUUGGUUUCAAAAUAGAAGGAUGAAAUGGCGACAUGCGCAACAACAGAAAGAAAAAGACGGAUCACUUCCAGACGCAGAAUGUGAAACAGGAAGUGACAUAAUAGUCGAUAGAUGUAACAAGUCAAUGUGUUCUGAUAAUUCUGAUGAUAGCGACGAAGACAACGAAAUGCCUACAACAAGCGACAAUAAAUAG